AUGGUAAAUAGAAACCAAAAUGUUGAUAAUGUUAUACGGCAGAUUCGACAUGAUGAUAUGGCAGCAAAUAACAAUCAGGCAGCCCUGGUCGAAAGGAUUGUGGUUCGAAAUGGGGUAAACUUUUUCCUUCGAAGGCCAAAUUAUACAUCACAUUUGUCGGAAUAUGUCCUACAGCCAGAAACACCCCCUAGAACAAAAAUCCCCAAAUUCACUAAGUUUUUUGGGGAUACUACUGAAUCCACUGUCGAACAUGUGGCUAGAUAUUUAAUAGAGGCAGGAGACAUUUCGAACAACGAAAACCUUAGGAUAAAAUAUUUCCCAAGUUCUCUCACAAAGAAUUCCUUCAUGUGGUUUACCACUUUGCCACAACAUUCGAUUCAUACUUGGAAUCAGUUAGAAACAAUGUUCCAUGAGCAGUUUUACACGGGGCAAAUAAAGAUAAGUCUAAAGGAAUUGGCCAACUUCGACGAAAAUGAAAUCGACCUUGCUGAGUUGAAACAAGGGCCACCUUACGCUUGUAAGGUCUUGGCCCCGUCGAAUGGAAAAAACCCUAUUGAACCAGAAAAUAAUGAUAAAUUUCCUAAGAAAACUUACACUUUCGACGUUACAAAAUAUGACGAAAUCUUCGAUUUGUUAGUUAAGGAUGGUCAAAUGAUAGUGCCUUCUGGUGCUAAAGUGCCUCCUUUAGAACAAAGAAAGAAAAUAAGGUUUUGCAAGUACCAUAGUUUUCUGGGUCAUAAAACAUCUCAGUGUUUUCUUUUCAGGGAUCUUGUUCAGAAUGCUAUCCAAGAAGGGAGACUCAAGUUUGGAGACAAACCUAGGAGCCAGAUGAAGAUCGACUCCAAUCCUCUAUAA